UAUGUCCUCACACACGAACACACACACACACUUGCGCACGCGCGCAAGCAACGGGCGAACAAGCAACGGUCCAACAAGCAACGGGUGAACAUCCAAUGGGCGAACAAGCAACGGUCGAACAAGCAACGGUCGAACAAGCAACGGGCGAACAUCCAACGGUCGAACAAGCAACGGGCGAACAAGCAACGAUCGAACAAGCAACGGUCCAACAAGCAACGGGCGAACAAGCAACGGGCGAACAAGCAACGAUCGAACAAGCAACAGUCGAACAAGGAGGCAGCUAUAUAUAGUUAGUCGUUAUCAUGACGGAAGCCAUCAAGGUCUUUAAGAAAUCCUCUCCCAAUGGCAAGAUCACAGCGUACCUAUGUCGACGGGACUUCGUGGACAACCUCACCCGGGUCUCUCCCGUCGAAGGCGCCGUCGUGGUGGACGGGGACUAUCUCCGCGACAGGAAGGUCUUCGCUCGCGUCUCCCUCACGUACCGCUACGGCCGCGAGGAGGACGAGGUCAUGGGUCUCAACUUCAGCAAGGAGUACGAGCUGGUGAAGUUGGAGGUGACGCCGCCAGGGGGGACGGAGGCGUGGCCGGCGGGAGGGACGAUGGCUAGGCUUCUGGAGAAGCUUGGAGAGGCUGCAGCCCGUCCCUUUACCCUCCUGCUGCCCAAGGAUACCCCUCCGUCUGUCACCUUAGAGCCGGGCGCCGAGGGCACGAGCAAAAAGCUUGGAGUUAUCUACGAACUGAUGCUCUACGUAGCUGAGAACGCCGAAGACCAACCCCACAGGCGUAACUCCGUCACCUUGGCGGUUCGCAAGAUCCAGCGAGCGCCGGACAAGCCCAGCGGCCGCCAGCCACAGAUCCUGGUAAGCAAAGGCUUUACCCUUCACCCCGGCAAGCUCCGCCUGGAGGUAUACCUUGACCGUGACUUGUACUACCACGGCCAGUCCCUUGAGCCUCAUGUGAGCAUUCUCAACGCGUCUAAGAAGACGGUGAAGUACAUCCUUCACCAGGUGGUGCAGCACGUGGAGAUCACCAUGACCAACACAAACUUUAGCCGUAUUGUGGCUUCAAUAGAAUCCCGCGAUGGCUGCCCCAUCAUCCCCAAUAGCAGCUUUUCCAGGACAAUUGCCCUGACGCCUCUGGCUUGCAGGGCCUUCGGAGUGGCCCUCGACGGCCAGAUUCAAGACAAGGACGCCACCUUGGCCUCCUCGACGAUCAUGUCCGCAAGCAGGAGCGCCAGCGACGCUCUGGGCAUUAUCGUCUCUUAUUCCCUGCGCGUCAGACUGAACUGUGGCGCCCUUGGAGGGGAGCUGGUAGCCGAGAUCCCCUUCAAGUUAAUGCACCCGGACCCUUACAGCAGCCAGGAGGCGUAUAAGUCGGUGGACAGUCUCGAGUUCGAGGAAUUUAGUGUUCUUCGUCGUGGGAGAUCCAUCUCAGACGAGCUCGAAGACUGAUGAGCUGAAUCCAGCGGCAGCAUGAUGUAUCGAACCAUGAUUAGUGAUCAGACAUGUAACCUUGAAACAAUCUAGGCAUUUUAUCCUAUGGGAUACGCCCGGCACUGUCCCUUCACUUGAGAAUGAACCAUGUAGGCUCGAAACGUUGUGUAAAUUUAUUGUAAUAGUUUUUAUCCUAUAUUAUUAUUUCUGUGAGAAGACAUUUCCAUGAUUUAUUUGAUGUGCUUUUAUGUAUUUCUAAUAAUACACACAUCUCGCCUCUUUCCUCCUGUGUGUACUGGGGGUUAUGUGAAAGAUGGUGGACUUUUACCGUGCUUGCUAGUGUGUAUAAGAUGCUCAGGCGUCUUGCGUUUAUUGUUUCUCAUAUUCAUUAAAACUGAGGACGUCACGUGUAGUCUAGAAGCACUAAUUUUCCUGAGUACAAACAGUCCAAGAUGAACCUUAUGUGUGUGUUUGUUCGUGUAUGUCUUUGUGUAUGUGUUUGUCAAUAAUUAGUUAAAGUAUUACAUUUCUUUGUUUUAUAUUCCAACAUCCUAAAUAUUUCCACAUUUCUACUAACAUUUCUAAACAUUAUGUCGCUAUUAGCCGAUUAGCUUAACGUUUCUUGUGGGAAAAAUUGCAUGACUCAAUAAC